AUGAAGCCGACCCCUCCUUUAUUUAUUAUACACAUGGAAGCAUUCGUGUCUCCAAACCAGACCUUCUCUUUUCCUUUUUCUUGCUCCAUCAUCUCUCUCUGCUGACCUCAACCUCCUCUUAUAUUAUAUGGACCCCUCCUCUCCUGCACAACCCUUUUAUUUUUUGUUUGCUUUUCUUGUCUUGAAUUCAGACAUGGCGUUGUCUUCUGCUUUUUUCACCUCUCAAGUCUGUGUCUCCUUCAAGGUAGAGCGCCCAAGAUUGGGCUGUAACACCUCGUGCAACAAUAUCAGAAGCCAAAGAUUUGGUCCUCUUCUUAGAAGCAAGAAGAAUGAAGUGUUUGGGCAAGCAUGGAGAAGUGGGUGCAGAGGCAUCAGUAAAUCGAAUGUUGGGACAAAACGGUCAGCGGUGUAUGCUUCAUUGGUGCCAUGUUCUGAGAUUGCAAGUGGUGCUUUUACAUUGGGAACAGCAGCUGUUCUUCCAUUUUAUACCUUGAUGGUUGUAGCGCCUCAAGCUGAGUUUACCAAGAAAAUAGUGGCAAGCAGCUUACCUUAUGUGCUUCUUGGAGCAUUAUACGCUUAUCUUCUUUACCUAUCGUGGACACCUGAUACGAUCCGUGUCAUGUUUGCAAGUAAAUACUGGUUACCCGAGCUGCCAGGUAUGGCUAAGAUGUUCUCCAGUGAAAUGACAUUGGCUUCUGCUUGGAUACAUUUGUUGACUGUAGACCUUUUUGCUGCAAGGCAAGUUUAUGGCGAUGGACUGCAGAACAAUAUAGAGACGCGGCAUUCUGUGUCUCUGUGUCUCCUAUUUUGCCCCGUCGGAAUUCUUGUCCACGCCAUUACUAAAGCUCUAACCACACCUACUAAGGAAAAGAUAACCGAUGAAGAUGCCAUUUCUACUGAUUUCAUCAAGUGAUUCAUCUUACAUGUAUAAUGUGUUACACAGAUACUAGCAAUAGAGCAGCUUAGUUUAGUUUCUCAUCAGUUCGCAUUUCUAAUUUAUGACAUCAUGGAGGAAAAUACAAGAUUUCUUCUUCAAGCUUCACAUCAAACUGCCUCCACACAGCCUCCUUGGCCAACUCAAUGAGUCCAAGCAUGUCGCGGCAAGUUGCACCACCGCAGUUGAUAAAGAAGUUGGCGUGACAGCCCCUCCGACUCUGCAUCCUUUCAAGCCGGCCCUCUCAAUCAGCUGCGCUGCUGACAACUCCGUCCCCUGCGGAUUACGGAACACUGAGCCAGCACUUCUCUCCCCCAAUGGUUGCCUGCAUCUCCUCCUAUAAACAUAAUUUAGUAGUGUACCAAUACUAUUUAUACCGUAUAGCACAAAUUGGCUACCUUUCCAAGUA